AUGUGGAUGCUUCGUCUGCUUUGGCGUACCAUAUGUUGUACCCCGAAGUGGACGACGGAUGAAACGAGGUUCCGUGCGUGCGGCAGUGAGCUGAACAGCGUGGCUAGCGCGGAUGGUAGCCUGUUGGCUCACCUGCGCAAGAUUGAACAGGGCUUGCCAGAUACACUGGCAGGGGGCCUCGUCAGGGAAGGACGCGUGGGGGAGAGCUGCGUGACAGCAGUCGAGUUUGACGAGAGAAACCAGACGCUGCAAGUUCAAGAGCCUUACUAG